GAGCAAGAUGCUGCCACAACUGUAAAACAAAAAUAUUUUUUCCCCAGUAUGUCCAGCCAAAACAAGAGCUUGUGUUUUCUCUUAUGUUGACACACUGUACGUCUUGGAUACACUUGACAUCAGCGACUCUCAAGCGGUGUGCAAUGAACUUGCCAACUACGCUAAAUGCUUAAAGAGUACGGGCACAUGUACCAACGACACAGAGAUCAACUCCAAAGUUCUCUUGGAUCAAGAGAGAGCUAGAAUAAGUCCCAAUGCUUCUUGCAUUAUACCCAGCUUGAAGAGCAGUCUUACUUUCGAAGAAUGUUCCGAGGCCAUGAUGCAGUGCGCAACCAUUACAAAAUACAGAUCAAACAGUACCACUAAAUGCCAAAAAACACAAGAGUCAGCCCAAUGUAUAGUUGAUUUGAAUUGCGCCAAUGACCCGAUGUUGAGGCUUUGGAAUGUCAUCUUCAAUAACCAGACAAAGAAUUUAACAGGAUGUGUGCUUGACAACAUUUUCCCGUUGGGUAAAAGUAAUUUGACAGCCUGUCAACUAGUUACUAAAUCUUGCACGUAUAGCUAUAUAGACGCUGUCAUUAAUAAGACAACAGCAACAGACAUUUGCAGUGACCUCAGCUCGUUUGUUUUAUGCGCUGCUACAUCUAGCUGUUACACAGCUGACAAGAUCAAACAAAUCAAUGAGGAUGAAAUUAAAAGAACAAGAAUUGGUGCAUGUCAUCAAAGUUGUAUGCUAUCGAUGGAGACUUUCGGACAGGAGAUGACCUUGAUGAUUCUUAGUAACACUACCGAGCAGUCGAAAUGUGGGAAAGUCAAAGACAUUUUCCAACUCUUGAAGACAUUUCCCUGUUCGGACGACAUUUAUCUGAGAACUUUGUUUGUACAAGCCAACACUUUGCUCACGUUAACAAACAAUACUUGUGAUAUCACCAACGAUGUUUACCCACCACUCAGUAAGUCCUCACUUACUUAUCACACUUGGAGUCGACCGUGAAAAAAGAAUUCAGGAAUUUUAAUAGAAG